GGAGCCCGUAGUCUCUUUGGAAACUUCUGCCAGGGAAAAAGAGCUAGGAAAGAGCUGCAAAGCGGUGUGGGUUUUUUCCUUUUUUUUUUUCUUUUUUUUUUUUUUCUUCCCUCCUUUUCAUUACCCCCUCCUCCGUUUGCACCCUUCUUCUGGCUUCACGCAGAAUCUGCGAAUUUCGAAGAGGUGCUGGCAGAGUGGGAGAAAAAAGGUGUUAGGGGUUUGGAUUUGGCCUUUUUUUUUUUUUCCUUGAUUUCCACAUUUUCCCCCACCCUCGCGGCUGCAGCCGCCGCCUCUUACCUGUUCCGCGGCAGCCGCGCGCCGCUGGCAGCUGAGGCUUAGAAAGGAGCAGGGUUUACUUUGAGAUUUUAAACAAAAAUUUUGAAGACGAAUCCAUUUUUCUCCCCCCCACCCCUAUCCCCUCUCCUCCACAGCCUCGGAGUUCAUUAUUCCGGUGGUUGUUUUGGGGUGAACAAUUUUUGAAUCCCCCCCACCCCACCCCAGCAGUUCUGACCAGGGCAGGCUGAGGUGUUUGUUUCUCCGGCCUCCGAUCGCUCUGCGUGCACCUGGCGCUGCUCUCUUCCCCCCUACCUGUUGCAAGUCUGUAAUCUUUGCAAUUGAGACUUGCUUGAAGGCACCCCAGCCCUCUAUCGCUCCCUACAUUUUGCAGUUGUCUGGGGGAGGGCACCUGCUCUACCUGCCAGAAAUUUAAAAAAGAAAAAAACAAUUCUCCGCGCGCCCUCUUGGCCCCUUUCUCCUUGCACUCUCGCGCUCCUGCCCCGCCCCAGGUAAAGGGGGAGACUCGGAGAAGAUGGUGCUCACCGCGGUCCUCCUGCUUCUGGCCGCCUGUGCGGGACCGGCCCACGGCCUGGGCUCCUUCGUGCACUGCGAGCCCUGCGACGAGAAAGCCCUCUCCAUGUGCCCCCCCAGCCCCCUGGGCUGCGAGCUGGUCAAGGAGCCGGGCUGCGGCUGCUGCAUGACCUGCGCCCUGGCCGAGGGGCAGUCGUGCGGCGUCUACACUGAGCGCUGCGCCCAGGGGCUGCGCUGCCUCCCCCGGCAGGACGAGGAGAAGCCGCUGCACGCCCUGCUGCACGGCCGCGGGCUUUGCCUCAACGAGAAGAGCUACCGCGAGCAAGCCAAGAUCGAGAGAGACUCCCGCGAGCACGAGGAGCCGACCACCUCCGAGAUGGCGGAGGAGACUUACUCGCCCAAGAUCUUCCGGCCCAAGCACACCCGCAUCUCCGAGCUGAAAGCCGAGGCCGUGAAGAAGGACCGCAGAAAGAAGCUGACCCAGUCCAAGUUCGUGGGGGGAGCUGAGAACACCGCCCACCCCCGGGUCAUCUCUGCACCCGAGAUAAGACAGGAAUCCGAGCAGGUUGUUCCUUUGGGUCUUGCCACGCCUCUCACCCCUCCGGUCCGCACACAGGGUCCCUGCCGCAGACACAUGGAGGCUUCCCUGCAGGAGCUCAAAGCCAGCCCGCGCAUGGUGCCUCGCGCCGUGUACCUGCCCAACUGUGACCGCAAAGGCUUCUACAAGAGAAAGCAGUGCAAGCCUUCCCGUGGCCGCAAACGUGGCAUCUGCUGGUGUGUGGACAAGUACGGGAUGAAGCUGCCAGGCAUGGAGUAUGUGGACGGGGACUUUCAGUGCCACGCCUUCGACAGCAGCAAUGUUGAGUGACGCCUCCCCUCCCCAUCUUUCCCUCACCCCAUCCCACCCCCAGCCCCGACUCCAGCCAGCGCCUCCCUCCACCCCAGGAUGCCACUCAUUUCAUCUCAUUUAAGGGAAAAAAAAUACAUAUAUCUAUCUAUUUGAGGAAACUGAGGACCUCGGAAUCUCUGGCAAGGUCUCAACUUUGAAAACGGCAGCAACGGAGAUGCACAAAGCUAAGGAGAUCCACA